GGGACCAGACCUCCAGUCCUCUAGACUAGAGUAGACCUCUAGACCUCUAAACCUCCAGACCUCUAAGCCUCAACAUCCAGGCUCUCCGCUCCCAGUCGAGGUAUGCUGGGCCAACUUUGCCCAAACUCGUUUUAAUUUAAAAAUAAGCGCUUUUAUACUUUAUUCAUCUUUCAUACUUUACGCCUCCACUGAAAAGUAAAAGCCAGUCCAGCGAAGUCGUGCUCUGCGUUCUUAACUCCGGUCCGAGCCGCCAGUAAAACCCGAGCUGGACUUCAACACUCCGGGAUCCGGAGCAGCUUGGACCAGAAGAGGCUAGUAGCUCCUCGGAGGGCUAGGUAGCAGAUUGUUUAAGGCAUGCGGGGCCGGUAGACGAACCAACCGUGACUCUGGGAAACGGGGAGCUGUCUUUUGUAGCCCCGACGGGGCAUGGUGAGGCGGGCCAGAAGCCUGUGUCUUCUCUCCUGACCGGCCAGGACACCCCACCAUGGAGGGGAACGGGGAGAUGAGCGACACGGACAGUGGCAUCAUCCUCCACUCGGUUUUCAGAACGAAACCAACUGGUUCCGACAGCCCCACCACCACCACCAAGGAUGUGACCACCCACACCCGGGCCAUGAAGCUGAAGCACCAGUCACUCCAGGAGCGGCUGCAGAUCUGCGUCCUGGAGCUCAAGAAGCUGUGCAUCCGAGAGGCCGAGCUGACGGGCGAGCUGUCGGCAGACUACCCCCUCUCUCAUGGAGAGUCGCCCCCCAAGGUCCGACGGCGGAUCGGAGCCUCGUUUCAGUUGGACGUGCAAAGCAUCCCCCGCGGACAUGAGCAGGACUCCCCUCUGAGCCUGGUGGACUCGGAGCUGGCCCUGCAGCUGAAGAUCUACGAGGCGGCGCGGCGGCUGUGCCGAGAGGAGCACCAGAACAAGGCGGUGAGGAGGAGCCGGCUGCAGCAGUGCAAGCGGGAGGAGAAGAGGGUGAAGGAGCUGCAGGAGACGGCCUUCCGGCUCCGCCUCCAACAUGGCCGCUCCUCACCGCUGCCUGCUUUCAAUGUCCCCCUCCAAGAGCUCGGGAAUUCAGACGACAGUUCUCUGUCGGAUUCGCCGCUCCUUGAUGAAGAGGUGCUCCCUCCUCCGCUGCCGUCCUCGGGACCUCCGGGUCAGGAGCAGGACCCCCUCCCUCAGUCCUUCCCCGCGUCGUCUCCCCCCUCCAGCGCCAACUCCUCCCUCGUGUCCUUCCCAAUGGCCACGCAGCCUCGCACGCCGCCGGUCAAACGCACGCCGAGCCAGCUCACGCCGAUCCGACGCACCCUGAGCCACCACACGCAAAUCAGGCGCACCCCCAGCCUGCUCAGCCCCAGCCAGCUCCCUCCGGGCCUGCUUACGCCCGGGAGAGCCGGCUCCCCGGGGCUGGACUCCAUGCUGAGCUUCUCCUCCAACCCCGAGUCUGAGGCCCCGCCCAUCCAGCCCUCCCCCUGGUCGGAGUCCAGCCUGGACCAGCCCUUCCAGAAGACCAAGAAGAACCGCUCCAGCACGAAGAGCGCGGCCAGUAGCCCCGCCUCCAGCCAGGUCCUCCCGCCCCUGGAAGCCUGCCUGGGAAACCCCAGCCUGCCACAGCAGCUGGCCCAGCUGCAGCUGUGUGACCGCCUGGCCAAUGGCAGCCCUACUAAUCCGGAGCCACGCCUCCAUCGACACCUCUCCCUCAGGAUCUCCAACCCUGAAGCUCCCCUGGAGGAGAGAAGAGGUCGCCCGCGAUCUGCCAGGAGACGCCUGACGGACUGCUCUGUCACAACGCCAGACACCGCUGGGGGGAACCCUGCCGACCAGUAUGGUUCACCACAGAACCCUGCAUACCAGUAUGGUUCCCCACAGAACCCUGAAGACCAGUAUGGAACACCAGAUAACCCUGCUGACCAGUGUGGAACACCAGAGAACCCUGCCGACCAUUAUGGUUCCCCACAGAACCCUGCCGACCAGUAUGAACCCAUAGAACCAGAGACCGCGGGAGGGAGUCCUGCAAGCCACUAUGGAACUCCGGAGAACGCUGGGGAGAACCCUGUGAACCAGUAUGGAUCCACAGUCCCAGAGUCCACUCGGGGGUACCCUGAAGGACUCUAUGGACCCCCAGAGAACCUUACAGACCGCUAUGGCCCCCCAGAGACCACUAGGAACCCUGAAGGACAAUAUGGACCACCAGAGACCAUGAGGUACCCUCCAGGCCAUUAUGGACCACCAGAGAGCACAAGGGGGUACCCUCAAGGCCACUAUGGACCUCCAGAGACCACUAGGUACCCUCAAGGCCACUAUGGACCCCCAGAGAGCACAAGGGGGUACCCUCAAGGCCACUAUGGACCCCCAGAGACCACUAGGUACGCUCCAGGCCACUAUGGACCCCCAGAGACCACUAGGUACCCUCCAGGCCACUAUGGACCCCCAGAGACCACUAGGUACCCUCCAGGCCACUAUGGACCCCCAGAGACCAGUAGGUACCCUCCAGGCCACUAUGGACCCCCAGAGACCCCCAGGGGGUACCCCCCCUUCCGUGGAAACCAGGCGAACUCUGAGGACGGUUACUCGGACCACUGCUCCACCCCGCGGUCGGGCUCCGUCUGCCAGGAGCCGCAGAGGGACUUCCCCAGAGCCAGACCCUUCCAGCACCCGGGCCCCCAAGGCAGGCCCGGCGUUCAUGCCUUCCAGGGGCCCGGCCUCUACCACCAGGGACCCCCCCGCUACCAGUCUGGUCCCAGCUCCAACCCCCACCACUACCCCGGGGACGUGGCGUACGCCCGGAACCUGGACCUGUUCCGGGGGCACCACGGCCCCCAGGCCGCUCCCAACAACAGACGGGACUACAUGUACGCCGAGGCCCCCCCUGUGACGGGCCCCCGGCGGGCCCCCCAGGAGGGGAAGCUCGCCCGCUCCCCGUCGCUGUGGGAGCCCCAGCGCUACCGGUCCGACGGGGGCCCCCCCCCCCGCGUGCUGGUGGACGACCAGCUCAAGUCCUGGCACCACCGGAACCAGCUCAGAGCGCCGCGCCCCCGCUCCCUGGACCGGCAGGGGGCGGUCCGCGUGAAGACGGUACCGGACUGGGGGUCGCCCCUCGCCCACAAUCAAAGGUAUCAGGAGCAGGUCCUGAAACCCCAAGCCCAGCAGAGGCCCCUGGACGAGGGGCCCCGCCGCUGGCUCGCAGAGGACUCCUCGAGGGCCGUCAGUCAGGUCUGAGGGCCCACGCGGGACCCCCACGGUGUUCGCAGACCAGGAGAGAAGACGCUUCCUAACCGCUGAGCUGUGGGAGUCCGGGCAUGAUGUAGUCGCUGUUUAUUUUUUUUUCUACAUGACGUUUCAGAAGAUUUGACUUCCUAACAAUCGUAAUUCCUGGGGAAUGAAACCUGACAGAUGGAUAGUUGAUCUGCCGAAGGCCUUAGGGCAAUGCCUGCUUCUCCAUGGUAACUAGUUGUAGUUUAUUAUAGGUAUGUCAUAGCAUACAGAAUGCGUGUAAUAUAAUCACUGAAAAUAUGAAAUUUAGAUAAUGUGACUUAACAAUCAUGGCAAUCAAAUGUUUAGUUGUUCUUUAUUCCAUUCCUAAACUAACUCGGUAGAGCGAUGUUAUUGUGGUCUGAUAUUAUUAUCCUACAUGACUGAUAGCAGAUAUACUCACAUUCACUUUUGGAAUAUUUCUACGCCAAAAUCAAGUCAUUUAUAUUAAUAUUGACCGCAAACACUUUAGGUAAAAUUAAAGAAAUGGAAGGUAUAAUCAGUAUAAUAUGAAUUCUGCCCCUCGCAUUUUGGGUCCUUGGUUCAUGCAUCCAAACCGUGGAAAUCUUCCCAACAUACUACAGUUCAAUAAAUCUGCAUGGAUCUUUAUAGUGAAAA